UUCCCCACCCUGCCGAGAGACAGACACGGAAGAGAUCGAAGCAGAGUGGAGCUCCGUACGCCGUCCGUCAACAGGAGCAAGCUUCUAGAAUGGCGGUGCUGCUGCGCCCGGCGGCGAUCGCCGGCGGCCGGCAGGUCUGGCCGGUGGCGGAGGACCAGGCCGACGCGGCGGCGGCGGCCUCCCAGCGGCUCGUGGAGGCGGUGGCGCGCGGCGACUCCAGGGAGGCGGGCGAGCUGCUCGCGUCCGGGCGCGCGGACGUGAACUACGCCGGGGUGGUGUGGCUCGACGCGCGCCGGGUGGCGGAGGCGGCGCUGCGGGAGGGCGCCGCCGCCGAGCUGCGCGCGUCGCGGGAGGAGAUCCGCGCCGACGUCUCGCCGCUCUUCCUCGCCGCCGGCAACGGGGACGUCGCGCUCGUCCGCGCGCUGCUCGCAAAGGGAGCGGACGUGAACGGGAAGGUGUUCCGGGGGUACCCGGCGACGGCAGCGGCGCGGGAAGGGCGCGCGGAGGUGGCGGAGCUGCUGGUGCGCGCCGGUGCGUCGCAGCCGGCCUGCGAGGAGGCCAUCGUGGAGGCUGCGCUGCAGGGGCAGGCUGCCCUGGCGGCCAUCUUCAUGCGCUCCGACCUCGUCCGCCCGCGCGUCGCCGUGCACGCGCUCGUGUCUGCGGCCACCCGCGGCUUCGUCGACGUGGUCGACACGCUCGUCAAGUGCGGGGCUGAUCCAAACGCGACCUCCCGGGUGCUUCUGCGUUCUCUCAAGCCAUCACUGCAUCUCAAUGUCGACUGCACAGCGCUCUUCGCCGCGAUCGUGAGCCGGCAAGUCGCCGUGGUUCGUCAGCUACUUCAGGCUGGUGUGAAGAGGGACACCAAGGCGAGGCUAGGAGCGUGGUCCUGGGACGCGGCCACCGGUGAAGAGCUGCGCGUCGGCGCCGGGCUAGCGGAGCCAUACGAUGCGGCCUGGUGCGCCGUGGAGUACUACGAGUCCACCGGCUCCGUCCUGCGCAUGCUCCUGCAGAACGGGUACUCGUUGGGCGCCACGCACCAUGGCCGGACGCUGCUCCACCACGCCAUCCUCUGCGGGAGCGUCGGCGCCGUCGAGACGCUGCUGGGUUGUGGUGCGGAAUGCGAAGCUGCCGUGAGGACCUCCCGGAGCGGCAGGUCCAGGCCUGUUCACUUGGCCGCGCGCCUCGGCCAGCCGGAGAUCCUGCAGACGCUCAUGGACAAGGGCUGCGACGUCAACGCGAGGGCGGAGGCUGGCGAUGUCGCCGUCAUCCUGGCCGCGCGCCACAAGGAAGAGGACUGCGUCAGGGUUCUCGUGUCAGCCGGAGCAGACGUUGCGCUGUUGAACUUGGCAGGCGAGUCGGCGGCAUCCGUCGCCUCUUCCGGUGGCUGGAAGGCGGGCUUUGAACGCGCCGUUCUUGGCGCGAUUCGGUCCGGGACCAUCCCUCUGUCCAGCGAUCGGCACGUGUUCUCGCCCAUGCUGUUCACGGCGCGAUGCGGUGAUGCCGCUGCGCUGGAGGUGCUGCUCGCCCAGCCGGGCGUGGACGUGGACGAGCAGGACGCCGACGGGUGCUCGCCCAUAAUGGCCGCCGCCAAGGAAGGCAAUGUUGACGCCUUCCGCGCCCUCGUCUUCGCCGGCGCCAACGUGAAGCUGUGCAACAAGCGUGGCGAGACGGCCAUUGGGCUCGCGCAGCAGAGCAAGAAGAGGGACCUCUUCGAGCAGGUCAUGCUCGACUUCGCGCUGGAGAAGGGCAUGCCGGCCGGCGGGUUCUACGCUCUGCACUGCGCGUCCCGGCGCGGCGACAGCGCGGCCGUGCAUCACCUGGCGAGCACGGGCUACGACGUUAACAUCCCGGACGGCGAUGGAUACACCCCGCUCAUGCUGGCCGCAAGAGAAGGCCACGCGACCGUGUGCGAGCUACUGAUCUCCCACGGCGCCCGGUGCGACAUCCAGACCCCGCGGGGUGAGACGGCGCUCUCCCUCGCACGGUCGGCGCUUGCCACUGCGGCCUUCAACAAGGCCGAGGACGUGAUCAUGGACGAGCUGGGCCGGCAGCUGGUGCUGGCGGGCGCGCACGUCGUGAAGCACACCAAGGGCGGGCGCGGGAGGCCGCACGGCAAGUCGCUGCGGAUGGUCGCCGCGGCCGGCGUGCUCCGGUGGGGCGGGUCGAGCCGCCGCAACGUCAUGUGCGUGGAGGCCGAGGUCGGGGGCAGCUCGGCGUUCCAGCGGCACCGGCAGAGGAAGGGCCGCCGAGGCGACGACGCGUACGCGCCGGGGCUGUUCCGCGUGGUGACGGCGACGGGGAAGGAGGUGCACUUCGUGUGCCAGGGCGGGGAGGAGGCGGCGGAGCUGUGGGUGCGGGGCAUCAGGGCGCUCACCAGGGCGGUGUUCGGCAAGCGGGGGAACUAGGUAGUGCUCCGUGUAGGCUUUGGCUUUGGUAGUUUGCAGCAAGCGUGCCUGUAAAGAGUAGGGGACAUUAGAGCGAGUUGAUGCGUGGAGUUGGGUGUGCUGGUCUUCUGCUCGAAGGCUUUGCCGAGUUGCCAUGAUGUUUUUGGUUCAGGGCCUGUAGUUUGUACAGCUUUAAUUUGGUGUAUGUUUUUGCCCAA